AUGACUGUGCCUUGUAGAACACAAAAUUUCAUUUGUGUAUUAUUUUUUUGUUUUUUGGAUGUAGAAAACAUUAUCAACAUUUCUCAGUUCCUCAGAAAUAUGUUGUCUAAAAAAAAGUUGGUAAUUGAUUUUUAUACAAGAAUGAUGAACAAAAUGUAUUCAAUUUUUGGGGAUAUGCCAUUUAUAAAGCAAUACUGGCCGUUUAUUUUAACAGGAUUUUUAUGUUAUCUAUCAACUAGAAUAUUUUAUUCUAAAUAUGCUUCUCAAGAUAAAAAAAAAGAUAUCAUCAAUUCCACAUAUCAAACUCCAGAUGAAAUUGCAGAAAUAUCAGAAAAUAAUUCGGAUGAUACCCAAAAUGAUGAAAAUGAGGAGUGUGACGAUGAUUAUCAACCAUCAUUACCUAGUGAUUUGGAACAUAUACCAUUAAAUUACGAUCGUAUAAGUAUUGAUGAAACAAUCGAUCGAUCAAACGAAUUUUAUAAUUUUAUGAAUUUACGUAGAACAGUUCGCCAUUUUAGCCAAGAAGACGUACCAAUUGAAGUAAUACGGAAUAUUAUUAGAACUGCAGGUACGGCACCAAGUGGAGCCCAUACAGAACCUUGGACUUACGUUGUAGUGCAUAAUAUGGAAAUAAAAAAACAAAUUCGUGAAAUAAUUGAAGCAGAAGAGGAAAUUAAUUAUAAAAAGCGUAUGGGAAAACAAUGGACAACCGAUUUAAAACCAUUAAAGACGAAUUGGAUUAAGGAAUAUUUAACUGAUGCUCCAUAUUUAAUAUUACUUUUUAAACAAUUAUUCAGUUUCAAAAAUGGUGUUAAACGUAUGCAUUAUUAUAAUGAAAUUAGUGUGUGCCUUUCUGCUGGUCUUCUAAUGACGGCUGUUCAUUAUGCUGGAUUAGUAUCGUUAACAUCAACACCAUUGAACUGCGGCCCCGCAUUGCGCACAUUAUUAAAUCGUCCAUCUAAUGAGAAAUUAGUAUUAUUAUUGCCUGUAGGAUAUCCUGCUGAAAAAUGUUUGGUACCUGAUUUACAAAGAAAAGAUUUAAGUGAAUAUACAAUUGAAAUGUUGUAA